UCGUUCACCGAUUAACGUUCAAUUUAAAGUUCUUGUUUAGAUUUGAUUGGCUUUUCUUACUGCAUUCCAGUGGGCAUUCGUUAUAAAUAAUGAAAAAAACUUUAGUUCUUAUUUGUGCAUGGCUCGUUGUUGUCAACACUUUUACACCCGAAGAGAAGUAUGCUUGGGUUAAUUAUAAGGCGUUGUAUAACAAAGUAUAUGAAGACAAAGACGAAGAUUUAAUGCAUUUGAGUAUUUUCGUGAGGAGCCGAAAUCUGAUCAAUAUGCACAAUAGGCUAUUCAAAGAGGGUAUUGUUCCAUAUAAAAUGGCCUUGAAUAAAUUCUCUGAUCUGACGAAUACCGAAUUUGAAAAAAAGACUAGUCCUCAGAACCAAGAACCAACAAACCCUUCAGAUGGAACAUGGCCUGAUACACCCGUUCCGAACGAAAAGCCGGCGAGUCCAAUUGAAAUAACACCGAUUGAUGAACCCGUUGAACCUCCUUCAGUCGGUAUACCAGCCGAUUGA